AUGGCAAGUCGCCCAUUUACUAAAGAGGAUUUUGCCAAAUGGAACACCACAACAUCUGUGUUCCAUGUGCCCAAACGUUUGGUAGGUAAGGGCAAAAUUCCUCAGCUAAGGGCUGAUUUUGUCAAGGCAAUUGGCGCGGACAGGGUUUCGGCAGUCCAGAUCUUGCCAAACCAUAAGGUUCGUGUUCAAUUUAAGUCCCCCUCUAUACGUGUCAGGUAUGAAAUCAAUGGCCUGUCAUUUAAGGGGGUAACUCUAACGCCAUUCCCCGCCUAUGAAGAGGUGAAGUCGGUCUUUGUUGAUCGUGCUCCGCUUCAAAUGGCGGAUAAUUAUUUAUAUGAGGCAUUGGCGCCAUACGGUCGAGUGAUUUCCGUGCAACACCUGACUGUGCGUGGUUUUCCGACCAUCAAAACCGGCACUCGAAUGGUGUCAAUGUCUGUGAAUACACCAAUUCCUGCAGAGUUGAAGGUUGCUGGAUUUACUUUGGCCUUUAGAUAUAGGGGUCAACUUCCAACUUGCUAUGUAUGCCAGGAGGUGGGGCAUACAGCAAAGGAGUGCCCUAAGUCUCGAAAGGCCACAAGAAAGCAACCUGUUCGAAAUCAGACUGGUGCACAGUCUGCCUCUAGCAGUAACAGUAAACCCUCCCAGCAGCGUGAUGUGCCUCCUUCAACAUCAAAGGAGUCACCUGCUUCCUCAAAGCCACCUGCUGACCUGAGGGAAAAAUUAAAUAAGGCUAGAGCUUCAGAGGAAGCUCGGAAGGUGCAACCUCCUCGCACACCAGUGUUAAGAGAGGUCCAAGUAGCUUUUGAAAAAUCACCGCGUGAUUUACGGGAUAAGUUGAUCGCCCGUCGCAACGCUACUCCCUUGGCCCCUUCCACUCAAGCCUUUGACCUAGAUUUGUCCGUUAGUUUGCCAAAGACAGCUACAUCAUCAUCUUCAAUGGUGACUGACUUUGGUCGUAAAGUCACGGCAAAGCCAGGCAAACAGUUGGAAGUUGUUGUGUCCAACCCGGCUGCUGCUGCCCGUAAACAGGGCAAAUCUAGGCAUGUCUCCUCUAGUAGUGAGGAGAGUGAUGAUAGUUUGGCAGAGAUGUCAGUUACUCCAAAGCCUCGUUCAAAGCGUGUUAAGCGUUUUGAACAGUCCCACACACCAUCUGGACAUGGGGCGUGGUGUAGUAAUAACAUUGCGGCCUCUCUGGGCCAAACUAAUAAUACCACAGAGGAUUGUCUUGAUGGAUCCACUGUUAUUGAUCCAAUUGCACCAUUAGACGUCAUUCACACGGAUGAUGCAGAGGAGAUGGAGGCCCAGUCUGCGCCUGUGCCAGAAUUGCCGCCGACUGUCUCAUCUUCAGUGUUUGGUGCUGACAAUCCAUCAACUUUUGUAGCCGAAUCCACUGCGGAUUCGGUGAGUCCUAGCGAUCCACACUGUCAUUCGUGUCCCCCUCAGGACAUUCCUUUGCCAGAGAAGGUGACACUGGAAGAGGCCAAUUCGAACUGCGGUCCUCUUACCGAGGAUGAUAUGUUGUUUGAUUUUGAAUCAGAUCACAGUGGGUCCGAUGUAGAAUCUUUGUCAGGGGCCAGUACGACUUCAAGUCUUGCGGAAGCCGCUGAACUUACUGAACAUCUCCUUCAAGAUGCUGGCAAUGCUUCGCACAGUCUGGAAGAUGCUGCCACAUUGUGGCAGGCACUUGACAAAGUAUCAGCUGAGAAGGAAGAUGUUUCCUCUUCUUUAGACCAUUAA